UUGUUUGAGAGAUCGUGUGGAAAGGGAGAACUUGUCAUGGAGGCAUCAGUCAACAUCCCUCGUUGAUGAAUUUGAUGUGUUUGGCAGAGAUAAUGAAAGAGAUGCCAUACUUGAGUUGUUGCUUUCUGAUGACAUCGAUGAUAACAAGAUAUCUGUCUUGCCCAUUGUGGGUAUGGGUGGGAUAGGGAAAACCACAUUGGCCCAAGUAGUGUAUAAUAAUGAUCAAGUGAAGCAAAAAUUUGAUCUUAGAGUGUGGGUUUGUGUUUCCGAAGAAUUUGAUGUCCCUAAGAUCACCAAUAAUAUAAUAGAGUCUGUCACGUCUCAUGCUUGUGAUAUGAAAGAUCUAAAUUUACUUCAACUUGAUCUGAAGGAGAAGUUAUCUGGGAAGAAAUUCUUGAUUGUUUUAGAUGAUAUUUGGAAUGAAAAUUACCUUGAUUGGGAUCUUUUAAGAAGACCUUUUCUAUCUGGGACCAAAGGGAGUAAAAUCCUCGUAACAACUCGUAGUGAAAAGGUUGCUUCAGUUGUCCGAACUCUUUCAUCCUAUCAUGUAGGUCAAUUAUCUGAUGAUGAUUGUUGGUUGAUAUUUGCAAAACAUGCAUGUCUCUACAUGGAUUCUGUGGCGGAUUCAAAUCUAGAAAGCCUUGGUAGGGAUAUUGUUAACAAAUGUAAGGGGCUCCCUUUAGUUUCCAAAACUCUGGGCGGCCUUUUGCGCUUCAAACGUGAUAUUAGGGAUUGGAAUAUAAUAUUAAAGAGUGAAAUGUGGGACUUGUCAGAGGAGGAGAGUGAAAUUCUACCAGCUUUAAGAAUCAGUUAUCAUUAUCUCUCUCCACAAUUAAAACAAUGCUUUGUCUAUUGUUCCAUGUUUCCUAGAGAUUAUGAAUUUGAGAAAGAGGAAUUAAUCUUGUGGUGGAUGGCUGAAGGUUUCUUAGAGACAUCAAUGAAAGGGAAGACUUUAGAAGAAGUGGGGGAAGAGUAUUUGCAUGAUUUAGUUUCAAGGUCGUUUUUUCAGCCCUUGGUCAUGUAUAAGUCUAAUAGAUUUUUUGUUAUGCAUGACCUUAUCCAUGACCUAGCAACAUCUGAAGCAAGAAAAUUCUACAGCUACAGCUGCAGAUCUAGCAAGGGAAAUGAAAUUACUGACAUGACGCGCCAUGUGUUUUGUGGAGACGGAGACUUUAGCUCUAUAAGCAAAGCAAAAUCUUUGCGGACAAUUCUUGUCAGGAAAGAGUGUGGUGGGUUUUUGCCAUCAAACAGAUUUUCAAAGCUUAAGUGCUUGCGUGUAUUAUCACUCUACAAUGUCGUGUCUGGGGCAUUGCCAGAUUCAAUAAACAAAUUGAUCCAUUUGCGCUAUUUAAAUCUCUCUCGAACUAGUAUCAAAAAGUUGCCGGACAAUUUAUGCCUCUUGUACAAUCUACAAAUGCUGAUAGUGAGAGAUUGUGAUGGUCUAACCAAGCUGCCCAAUGACAUGAAGAAGCUUGUGAGCUUGCGAUAUCUUGAUGCUUCUCAUUCUCGAUUACAAGCGAUGCCAAGAGGAAUUGGUGAAUUGAAAAAAUUGCACUUUCUGAGUGACUUUGUAUUGAACAGAGUUGAAGGGGCUAGUAUUAGAGAAUUGGGUGAACUUCAAAAUCUCAGCUCAUCUUUAACAAUAAAGAACUUGCAGCAUGUAUCCAAUGGCGGGGAAGCCUUAGAGACAAGAUUGGCAGAUAAGUUGUCAAUUGAAACUUUAUCUCUGACAUGGAAUGAUGCUGGUGAUAUUGUCAACUCAAGAGACAUACUUGACAAUCUACAGCCUCAUGUGAACCUGAAAUGUCUCCAUAUUUAUGGAUAUAAUGCAACUGCUUUCUCAAAUUGGUUAGGAUGCCCAUUGUACUGCAAAAUGGUUCAACUGGUCCUUUAUGAUUGCUUCAAUUGCAGCCUACUGCCGCCACUUGGGCAACUACCUUCUCUUCGGACGCUACAGAUUGAAGGAUUUGAUGCAUUGGUGAAGAUCAGUCCUGAGUUCUACAAGAGAAAUGAUGAUACUUUUUUGGCAACACCCUUUACAUCCCUCGAAUUCUGGAAUUUAGAAAGAUGCCUGUCUUGCAGGAAUGGGGGAGCUUAUGUCCCAUAA